AUGGCAAAGUACAACGUUAUUAAAAGGGAAAUCUGUGUCUUGCCCUGAUCUGGAGUACGGCAUAUUCUAUCUGAAAAACAGUUACUUUGUCUGUAUGAUACUAAAACCUUAAUACCUUGAAAAACAUGCAAUCUUACAGUGAGCAGGGUCGCCUCUCCACUGAUCUGACCUGUAACUUAGACAGACUGAUGGAUAAGUUUAUGCUAUAGUGUACAUUUCAUUUCAAGCAAAGCAGUAACAUCUCCAUAGUGGACUCUCAACUGAAAAAGUGUCCUGCGUAACACACCUCUAAACUUUAACCUACACCUUAAAAGUGUUUUUACAUGGAAAUCAUUAAUACUUAAAUAUUAUAUGUUGUAAUGUGUUUAAUAUAGAAAUUGCGUGAGUGCAUUCUCUAACUGUCAAGGUUUUUUUUUAACAGGAAACAUGGUUGAGUGACAAGAAACAUUUUGCAUUUUGUGUUAACUGUGAAGAGGAAGUUUAACAUUUAGUGAGUUUGUCUUCUGGUUGGUGUGUCUGGUAAGCAGAAAAGCAUGGCACUAGUGGCCAGGUGUACGAAUGUGUUAACUCAAAUGUUACUACUUUUACUGCUUUGUUCAGUUGUCCUGCCUGCUUGCGAAGAGAACUCAAAAUUGAAAGUCACGAUGCCGAAGUUACUUAAAGCCCUGAGUGGAUCAUGUUUACAAAUCCCCUGCACCUUUACACCUUUGCCUCACGUUAAUUUAUCUGUGUUUGGUGUUUGGAUGAAAAAUGAUCAUCAAUUUGGCCCGAAUCCAGGAAAUGUGAUCUUUAACAGCAGUCUGCAGAACAGUCCGUAUCCAAUGGAAAUGAACAUUAAUGACCUGAAAAACAAGAACUGUACGACUUUGUUCAAUAAUUUAACCUCAGAAUAUUCAAACAGAUAUUACUUCAGGAUUGAAAACAGACCUUUUCUAGCUACAGAUAUUUGUGACCCUCUUAACAUAACAGUCACAGACUCUCCCUGGAGCCCCACAGUAAAAGUCUCUGGUAAACAGACAGAGACAGAGGUGGUGACUAUAACCUGCUCAGCUGUCACUCCCUGUCCACACGCCCCUCCUCAGCUCACAUGGGACCUCCACCAAGACACUGCCCACAUCACAGAGACCAACACAGACGGGACAUUUACCACUAAAAUCACACAGAACAUCACUCUGACAGACGCCCAUGAUGGACUAAUGAUAAAGUGUAAUGCAUCGUAUCCUGUGAGUGGAGGAUUCAAAAUGGCCGACAGUAACAUCACUCUCAAUGUCUCAUAUGGUCCUAAAAACACCUCUGUUGAGGUCAGUGCGUCCGGUUCACUGUCAGCAGGUCAGUCAGUGACACUGAGCUGCUCCAGCAGAGCCAAGCCUCCUGUCCACCUCUUCACCUGGUUCAGACACAGCUCACAGGGACCAGUCAAUGUCAGCCAGGGACACACGUACAGCUUCAACUUCACUGAAGAGGGACAGUACUAUUGUGUGGCCUCAAACACAUUUGGAAACGAAUCAUCUCCAGACAUUACACUGAGUAUAACAGAAACAAACACCCUUUCUGCUAUUCCGUGGGAGGCCAUUCUUGGAGCAGGUAUUGGACUCAUAAUAGUCUUCUGCCUGGCUGUGUUUUUUAUGUCUGUCAGAUCAAAACGCAAGGCUGCAGAAGAAUCACAAACAAUAACACUUGUGAAGACUGAUAAAGCAGAGGAAGAGGAAGAUAUGCAUUAUGGGGAAAUAGACUUUUCUAAUUUGAGCCCUAAAGGCAUCUUAAACAUAGAACAAGAGGAAACCGUGUACUCUCAGGUACGAGUGUCAAAAGCUGAAAAUGCCACCACACAAGCCCCUGAUGUGGAUGAACUUUAUGCAAAUGUUAACAAGAACUGAUAAUGUGCUCCUGUCUUUAAAGUGGGGAUGGGUAAUAUAUCGAUUCCAAUAUUUGUAUCAGUUUGAUUUUGAAGAUUUAGCCGAUAUUUUGCACCGAUAUAUUUCUAACGUCUCUGCGUCUCAUAUUCAGUUUGUUCUCCUCCGAUUUGUUUUUUUGAACAGACUAAUGAUAAAAAUGGAAAUACACCAUCAUGUCACAGUUGUUUACAAAUUAUUAUGUGACCCCAAAUUUUAAAAAGUAUUAUCAUUUUUACAAAAGUUAAUUUGUGAACCAUCUCUUGCUUAAAUUAACUUAACACACACAAAAAAAAUCCAUAUUGUACCACACCUACUUUAAAGGUCCUGUAUUAUGCAAACUUAACUCUUGUGAGCUUUUAUCAAUGUUAUAAUGUUGUUACCUGGAGUUGUGUUUUGUUUUAUUCAUACAUUCAUUGCUCAAAAUGCCCUGUUCCAUGAAGUGGUAGUUUUCGAGUUUAUAUCGACCUUUUACCUUUAUUUCAGUAGACAUUGACAAUUCCAAGGCUGAAAUUAUCCAAAUGAGCUUAAUGAAUGUAUAUGGAGUUUAAAAACACAGUGGAGCACUUCCUGUAUUACCACAUGGCAUAACAAGUUGGACCAGAGUGUUUUCUGUUUGAGGGAAGAACUGUGCAUAUGCAGUAAAUUAACCUUAACAGGAGAGAAGCAUUGUGUCAGGUUGUAGCAUUAGAGCUCAUUUCCACCUGUCGUCCCUGGUGCAUGUUUUUUAAGGUAUGCAGGUAUUAAACAUGUGUGAAUGAAAAUAACAUCAUACAGGUCAUUUAAAGGUGUGGCAUUUUCAUGUUUUGUAUUGCCCUGUAUUGUUUGUUGAGCUUUUGCAACUUGCAUUUUGGACAUAUUAGCAACAUAAUACAUGUGUAAUGAGCUUUGCAUUGAUUUUCAUUUUAUGUAUUUGAAUAUUUUAUGAGAAUAAUAAAAUGUUGUAAUCAUA